GUCCCCAUCUCAUCUAUUCAUGUUCACCACUACCAAAACAACAUUGACAACAUGAAGACCUUCUUCCUCCUAUCCUUCCUUGCUCUCGUAGCGAGCACUGCUAUUGCGCAAUAUGCGGAAGUUCCCAGCCCAGCUGCAGAAGUUCCCACGGGGGAUGGUUUUGGUGAAUGGGUUGCGAUGACGCCUAGUGUGAGUGGUUCUGAGCAGUGCGAGCAAGAGCAGCCAAAGCUAAACUCUUGUAGUGAUUAUGUUAUGGAUCGAUGCGUGACAAAGGAUAUGCUGCUCUCUUGGGUAUUUCCUCGGACAUGGGGGAAGAGAAGCUGUGAGGAGGUCCAAGACCAGUGCUGCCAGCAAUUGAGGCAAACGACGCCGGAUUGCCGUUGCAAGGCUAUCUGGACAUCAAUCCAAGGUGAUCUAAGUGGCUUCAUGAGCUUUCAACAAGGUCUGGAAGCUAGAACCUUGCAGAUGGCCAAGAGCCUUCCCUCCAAGUGCAAUAUUGAUCCAAAAUAUUGUAACAUCCCCAUCACUAGCGGAUAUUACUGGUGAUGUAGCUUCCAUUUGUAACUAAUAAACUAUCACAUACCGCAAUAUGUGACCAAUAAAUAUGACAAUGGAAUAAUAUAUACUAUAGUUUCCCUUA